CUCAGACUGAUGAAGAAGAGCAGAAUCUAGGCGUCCCCCUUCUCAGCGCUGCUUUACACGACAGCUACCAAACCACCGCUGACCACUGAAACACCAGUCAUGGCCGCCGAGCCCAACUAUCGCCGGACGAAACCGGGUGUAAAACAAGCUCAGAAUGCUAGUUCAAAUGGAGCAGUUGGACCCUCGUCCCAGAUCCCAGGUUUGUCUGCAACUGCAGAGACCACUCCCGAAGAAAGGACUAAAGGACGCCGUGUGGGGAUUCAGGCCACAGACUCGGAUUAUGUGAAACUUGCAAAACAAGGAGGACAGAGGGGUUUGCUGUGGCAUGAGGACCCUGUGGAACCAAUAACCAACAGUUCCUAUAAACCGUCUAAUUGGUUCUCUGGCUCACCUGAUGACAGCAGAAGUAAAGCUACUAGUCCUGAUGGAAUGAGCAAGAGUGAAUCUAAAGGGGCAUUACAGCGACUGGAGCCCCCUUUUGGAACUGAUAACGGUUCAGCCUGGGAUUCUGGUGACAAGAAUGUCAGCUAUACUGCAGCAGAGAUGGAGAAACUCUCCUUAAGCCAGAAGGACAUCGAUGAGGCCAACAAGUUCAAAAAGAUUUCCCAUGAUAAGAAGGAGACAGCUCCGAUCAACAUGUCCAAACUUUUAAGCUUCGGUUACGCUCAGGAUGAAAAUAAAUCUCCCAAUGAUGAUGAUACUUCAAGCAUGACCUCUGAGCAGACCAGCACCAUCGCACCAGAGGAUGACUUGGAAUAAAGUCGAUGUGCCCCAAAACCCUGCUUCAUGGAUUGUUGUUCUCUCGUAUCCACUAACUCCUUUGCAUAGACCACCCACUUUCUGCUUUAUGCAAAAAAACACACACUUUUUGGUCAUCUGAUCAUCUUCAUUUAGAAUCUUAACCUAAAUGGCUUGUUUGUGUUAUGCUCACAUAUCUUAUGGUGCUUGUGAUCAGGAAUAAAAACACCCCUGGAUUGAAGGAAUACUCUUAAAAGUCCCUAAAUGAAAACCACAGGGUACACGCACCACAAAAUACAUGUUAGACGCAUUGAGUAUCGAUGCCAAGGUGAAGCUGACUUAUAUAAUAUUCAUUCUUCACAUCCACAUUCAUGCUCAUGUGCCAAAAGCUUAAGAACACUUAAAACAGCACACAUACACACCACAUAUAGACAGAUAGGAUGUACUUAAGCCACGUAAAACAGAUGUUUCUCACCUCACAUUAUCAGUAAAUAUGACAAAACGUGCUAUAAGACACUCUUAACAAUAAGUGUCUUGUUUGAACACUUCUAAGUGUUAUUUUGGCCCAGUAGGUAGCUAGAUGAGUACAUAUGAAGGCCACCUUACUAUAAAUUAUCACAUGCAGUAAAGAGUUGACUUUGAGAGCAGGAAGGGGGUUCAGGGAGUUUCAGCGAUUGUGAAUGUCUGUUGUUGUUAGUAUCGAUGUGAUGGUAAAUAUUAAUAUCAGAUUGAGUUGUUUUGGCGUUCUGUGCUGUAUUAUAUUCGUUUCUUCCUUCUAAAACAAUGUUUACACUUGCUGUCAGUUCAUGUCUAUAAAUGAUUACUGAAUAAAGUUGCAUGAGCAUGGAA